AUACAGUCCCCAAAUUACGCAAAGGAGUGUUUUUGCGUCAUUAUUAGACUGAGGUGGAAUUUUUCUCGUUUCACAAGCAAAGUCUGAAAGCUCCCUUUUGGUGGAUUAGAGACAAGGAGGGGGCAAUAGAUCUAAGAUCCGCAACGACUAUUUAAGGACCUCCCCGCCUUCCCAGCUCUGCCCACCAUCUGCAUUACUUUACCUCUCCGAUCUACCAUCUUCUCUUUACCAUUUCCAUCUCCUCUUCCCCUUAGAUCGGACGCCGUUCGUCUAAUAUCCUCAGCAGUGAAUAGAUCAAGCAUUGUUGAGAACAAAAAUGGUGAAGAUUUGCUGUAUUGGUGCUGGAUAUGUCGGAGGCCCCACUAUGGCUGUGAUCGCACUCAAGUGCCCGAACAUUGAAGUGGCUGUUGUUGAUAUAUCUGUGCCUCGGAUCAAUGCAUGGAACAGCGACCAGCUCCCCAUCUAUGAGCCAGGCCUUGAUGAAGUAGUGAAGGAGUGCCGUGGGAGGAACCUCUUCUUCAGCACGGAUGUGGAGAAACACGUGAGGGAGGCCGAUAUAGUCUUUGUUUCUGUCAAUACGCCUACCAAGACCCGAGGACUUGGAGCAGGCAAAGCUGCAGAUUUGACUUACUGGGAGAGUGCUGCUCGCAUGAUUGCUGAUGUUUCAAAGUCUGACAAAAUAGUUGUUGAGAAAUCAACCGUUCCUGUCAAAACUGCUGAGGCUAUUGAAAAGAUUUUGACCCACAACAGCAAGGGAAUUAACUUCCAGAUCCUCUCAAACCCCGAAUUUCUAGCAGAGGGAACUGCUAUCAAGGACCUUUUCAAUCCCGACAGGGUACUCAUUGGUGGUCGCGAGACCCCAGAAGGAAAUAAGGCAGUCCAGGCACUCAAGGAUGUCUAUGCCCAUUGGGUCCCUGAAGAUUGCAUCCUAACUACCAAUUUAUGGUCUGCUGAGCUAUCAAAAUUGGCUGCCAAUGCCUUCCUGGCACAAAGAAUAUCUUCUGUUAAUGCCAUGUCAGCUCUGUGUGAAGCCACUGGGGCAGAUGUGACUGAGGUCUCAUAUGCAGUGGGUAAGGACACAAGGAUUGGUUCCAAAUUCUUGAAUGCUAGUGUUGGAUUUGGUGGUUCUUGCUUCCAGAAGGACAUUCUGAACCUUGUUUACAUUUGCGAAUGCAAUGGCCUUCCUGAGGUGGCUGAAUACUGGAAGCAAGUAAUCAAGAUCAAUGACUACCAGAAGAGCCGUUUCGUGAACCGUGUCGUCUCAUCUAUGUUCAACACCGUGUCGAACAAGAAAGUCGCUAUUCUUGGGUUUGCAUUCAAGAAGGAUACUGGUGAUACCCGAGAGACCCCUGCGAUUGAUGUUUGCAAGGGACUUUUGGGCGACAAUGCUGUGUUGAGCAUUUAUGACCCUCAGGUGGUUGAAGAUCAGAUCCAGAGAGACCUCUCCAUGAACAAGUUUGAUUGGGAUCACCCCCUUCAUCUCCAGCCGAUGAGCCCAUCCACGGUGAAAAAGGUUUCUGUAGUUUGGGAUGCCUAUGAGGCAACUAAAGAUGCCCAUGCCCUCUGCAUUCUCACCGAGUGGGAUGAGUUCAAGAAUCUCGACUACACAAGGAUAUACGAGAAUAUGCAAAAACCUGCUUUUGUUUUCGAUGGUAGGAAUGUUGUCAAUGCGGAGAAGCUGAGAGAGAUUGGCUUCAUCGUCUACUCAAUUGGUAAGCCAUUGGAUGCUUGGCUCAAGGACAUGCCUGCCAUUGCUUAGAUGGCUCACACGCUGCUUAUACUACUACGUAUAUGUUAUGGCUCAUUAGCUGAUAUUCUUUAUUUUCUUUUCACCUAUUUUACUCCCAAUUUCAUCUCCCCUCAUAGUGGAGGAGUUUGUCUUUGUUGCUGUCUAAGUUAAAGCCAUACUCUGUUUUGAUGGAUACUACAUUCUCUACUUAUUUGAGUGAUUUCUGAUAUUAAUAUACUUGAAUUUCUCCUAUCCAUGAAUGAUGUUUCAUUUGAGUGAUAA